AUGAUGGAUUCAGUUGCUAAUUAUGGCAAGGGAUUGAAACUCCCUACUUAUCAUGAAACAAGGGUGACUUUCUUGAAAAAAGAGGUAGAAAAUAUGCACUUCACAUUGGAUAAGUAUAAAAAUGAGUGGAAAAAAAUAGGUUGCACUUUAAUGUCAGAUGGAUGGACGGAUAAUAGAGAGAGGUUUAUCACAAACUUCCUUGUCAAUAGUCAAAAGGGAACAACUUUUCUUAAAUCUAUUGACACCUCCGAUAUUUCCAAGAAUGCUGAAAAUUUAUUUCAAUUGCUUGAUUCUUUGGUGCAAGAAAUUGGAGAGGAGAAUGUGGUACAAGUAGUGACAGAUAGUGCUUUGGCUUAUGUUUCAGCUGGUGAAAAAUUAAUGGAAAAAAGAUGUAAGAUCUUUUGGAAUCCUUGUGUUGCCCACUGUAUUGAUUUGAUGCUUCAUGACAUAGGUGAUUUGCCUGUGCAUGCAAAUACUAUAAAAAAAGCAAAGAAGAUCACUUUUUUUAUUUACCGUCAUAUUUGGGUGCUUGAUUUGAUGAGAAAAUAUACAAAAGGGAGGGCAUUGGCAAGACAAGGUGUCACAAGAUUUGCCACUGCCUACUUAACUUUGAAGAGUAUAUAUCAACAAAAGAUUGGAUUAAGGUCUAUGUUUGCAUCUGAGGAAUGGGCUAAGAGUCCCUAUGCAAAGAAAAGUGAUGGCAUUAAUGUCCAAUUAAUUGUCUUGAGUGAUCCAAAGUUUUGGCCUGCUAUUAAAUUUUGCUUGAAAUGUGUGAUCCCUUUAGUAAAAGUUUUAAGGCUUGUAGAUGGUGAUGCAAAACCAGCAAUGGGUUACAUAUACGAAGCUAUGGAUAGAGCAAAAGAGCAAAUCCGGAAAAAUUUGAAUGAUGUGCAAAGGAGAUAUAGACCUAUAUUGAGAAUUAUUGAAACUAGAUGGGAGCUUCAGCUUCAUAGGCCUUUACAUGCAGCAGCUUAUUUUCUCAAUCCUAAGUUUCAUCAUGAUCCCAACUUUGUUGCAAAUGAAGAAGUGAGAGUUGGACUUUAUGAAGUGAUUGAAAGGAUGUGUCCUACAACUUUGGAGAGGUGUAGGAUUGAUCUACAAUUGGAGAAAUUUGAUAAAGCUGAGGGUUUGUUUGGAAAAGAAAUGGCUAUACUUACAAGAACAAAGAAGUAG